AUGCUCACUCUCAAGAUCACCGCUCUGUUCCUCUUGACAGCUAGCUUGGUAUCAAGCACAUCAUCUCUGCUUCAACCUCGUGCAACCAGCUGCCAAUAUCAGAGCGGCAAUGGGACUUGCAUCUCAACCUCAUCCUGCGCAGGAACAAACGUAGCCGGUUUCUGCCCAGGAGGAAACGACAUCCAAUGUUGCGUCCGCACCUGUUACGCAGCAGGAUCGCCCGGUUUCUGCCAAAGCACUUCCAACACCUGUACCGGCGGUGCUUAUUCAGCAGAAGGCAACUGCCCAGGAUCUGACGACAUCCAAUGCUGCGUAGCGACAUGCUCUACCAAAAGCGGCGAGGGUGUCUGUCAGUGGACGGGAAGCACUUGUGAAGGGAAGUACGUCUCGGGUGCUUGUCCUGGACUGAGUGAUGUCCGAUGUUGUGUGAGUGGAGGGACAACCGGGCCUCCUGGCCCAGGAACGGGUGUCCCUGGAAUUGAUAUCUCGGAUUUGGCGCCUGCUGCUUUUUGGAGUUGUGCGGCUUCGAAGUGGCAGGUUGUUGUUAUUUAA